GUUCCCUCUUGCCAAAGCCCGUCCCCGGAUAUGUAACAAAUCCCAUACGUACCUCCCUACACACAUAUCCCCCCCACCGCGCGGUUCUUACUCAGAAACCUCGAUUCACGGCAUAUGGAAUCCGAGAGCGCGGCCGUACGGGAGUCCGCCUCCUACGGGAAAGCGUGCAGCGGCUGCUCCAAGGCCAAGUGCCGCUGCAUCGUCCGCGGCGAGGGGCUCAGCUGCGAACGCUGCCACCGUCUCUCCAAGAGCUGCCAGCCGUCGGCCACCGUGAGGAAACGGGCAAGCGCCCCGAGGCCGGUGCGAAGGACAACAGCAACAACACGUCUUGAAGAUAGGCUCGAUGCCCUCGUCAACUUGCUCGCCGCUCAGGCCAAGUCCGGGGCCGGAAAUGCAUCCCGGACUCCAGGGCAGUCUGACGGCAUAUACGUGGCGCGCAGUCCUGACGCGGCACCAGCGGCUUGGCCCGAGUCACCUGCGUCGGAGGCAACCAACCCCAGGGAACAACACCAUGAAACGCUUGGCCUGGAGAGAUGCCCAGAUGCGACCCCUCACACUCGCCCACCUCAUGACUCGAUGCUUCGGGAGUGUCCCCUAGCCGAGGACGACCAGUGUCUGGAAACAUUUCGCGCCCAUCAUCUGCGGGCGUUCCCAUUCCUUCAUAUCCCGCCCUCCACAAGCGCUGCGGAUGUUCAGCGCGAGUGGCCGUUCUUGUGGCUCAAUAUCCGCGCUAGCUGUUGCAAGCCAUAUGCACGCCAACAAGCUCUUGAGCUCAAGGUCCGCGAAACUAUCGCGCAGAAGAUGCUCGUAGACCUAGAGAGGAGCCUAGAUCUGCUACUGGGCCUUCUCACGUAUCUGAGCUGGGCUGAGGGAAAGUAUCGAGGGAAACCACUUCUGAGCGCGUACUCGAGCCUUGCCACGGCUCUAUUGUUUGACCUUAGACUUGACAGAAGCUGCCGCGAGAUCCCUUGUCGGGAGAGCAAUGUCAGCAAGGCUUACAGCCACCCGAUCAAGCAGGUGGUGGCAGCCGUGGAUCGAAAUAAUGUGGAGCGACGGGCCGUCCUGGGUUGCUACGUGGUGACGGCAACCAUCGCCUGGUUCCUCAGGAUGAAGCCCAUUGGGUGGACAGUCCACAUGGAAGACUGCCUGUCCCAUCUGGCACAGUAUCCCGAGGUGCCUGGUGAUUGCAAGCUGGUAGCGACUGCACGGCUGUUUCGAAUAAUGGAGGAGGUUCAUUCUGUGUCGACUUGGCGAAAGGUCGAAUCUACCUCGUCACAGCCGCAAUUCUACGUCAAAGGCUUACGGGCAAUGCUUGACAAUGUCAAGGAUAUUACCCCCCCGCAAGUCCUGCAAGAUAAGAUGAUAAGAUCGUACCUUUGCAUGGCUGAAGCACUGAUCUGCGAGCUCGCCCUGCACGCACGGCAGCAGCAGCAGCCCGCGAGCGUCGUCGACUUUGAACGAACGAACUGCUUCUACACAUGCCUGCAGGCUCUCCAGGGCUGCGUGGACAACUUCCUCACGUUCACGCCCGAGGAAGCGUUCAGUCACCCGAUGCCGAUGCACCUCCAUUUCAGUCGCAGCACGCACAUCCUCUACCGCCUCUGCCUGCUCGACGACCCGGCGUGCGACCGCGCGGCGGUCCUGCGCACCGUGGACCUGCUGGGUGCGGUGGAGAAGUGCGCCGCCCUCUACGCGGCAGUGCCGGCGGCGGUCGGCCUGGAGACGGGCGGCGGCGGCGGCGGCGAUGAUGACAUGUUCACGCGGACGGCCGAGGUCUUGAGGGCCAUGGCACCCGCGUGGCGACGGGCGCUGGAGGAUUCGGGAGCCCUUCCUGGAGCUUCGGCAGUGAGUAUGAACGUCAUAGGCCAGGAUGACAUGAUGUCGACGGACUUGUUGACGGAUUGGUGGUUCGCGGACUUGAUGUUUCCGGUCAAUGAAAUGGUUUAACAGUUUUGACGUCAGGAGAAUUAGGGGAUCGGUUGAGUUUCUAGGAGCUCAUCACCAUCGCCGCCGGUGAGCAUCCAAACAAGCGGCCCUUGGGCGCGCGGGAGAAGGUAUCAACUGAUGUAAGCGCCACUUGACACUUGUACAGUAUAUGUUUCAC